AUGGAGCUGGUCGUCGGGUGCGUGGGCAAGCCCAGCGCCGGCAAGUCGACGUUCUUCAACGCCGUGACGGAUGGCAAGGCCAAGGUGGGCAACUUCCCGUUCACGACCAUCGAGCCGAACGAGGGCAUCACGUACUACAUGACGCCGUGCCCGUGCCUGGACAAGGACAAGACUUCGGUGUGCGCGCCGCGCUACGGCAAGUGCGAGCAGGGCACGCGCUACAUCCCCGUGAAGCUGCUGGACGUGGCCGGCCUGAUCCCCGGCGCGUCUGAGGGCGCGGGCCUCGGCAACAAGUUCCUGGACGACCUGCGCCACGCGCAGGUGCUGAUGCACAUCAUCGACGUGUCCGGCCACACGAACGAGAAGGGCGAGGAGACGGUGGGCUACGACCCCAUCAACGACGCCGACUGGCUGGACACGGAGAUCCACCAGUGGGUGUUCAACAACCUGUGGAAGCGCUGGACGUCCAUCGCCAGGAGACACAAGGCCACCAAGAGCAGUCUCCAGAACACGUUUGUCGGACAGCUGUCGGGCUACGGAGCCACGCCGUCGCUUGUGAGCAAGGUGCUGGAUCGGCUCGGGCUUAAGGAGCCGCUGGACCUCACGACGUGGGUGGAGGACGACGUGCACAACUUGGUCAAGGUGUUCCUGGACAUCCGAUUUCCGACCGUGCUGGUGCUGAACAAGGCGGACCAGGGAGACGACACGGAUCGCAACAUCGAGAAGAUCGUCGAGAAAUACGGCAGCGACCGCUGCUUCGUGGCGAGCGCGGCUGCUGAGUGCUUCUUGCGCGCGGCCAAUAAGCAGCGCUUCAUUCGCUACGAGCCGGGCUCGAUGUUCUACUCGACGCUAGAGGACGACGAUGAGGAGCAAGCCAAGGCCGAUGCUGAAAAGGGACUGGGUCCGCUCAAGCCGAUCGAGAAGAAGAUUCACAGGCGUCUGGAGCGUAUCUCCGAUAUGGUGCUGUUCCGCUACGGCAGCACCGGAGUUCGGGCUGCCAUUAAUGCGGCCGUGGAGCUCGCCGAUGUCGUGGUCGUAUACCCGGUCAAGUCCCUCAAGAGCUUCGCCACCAACACCACGCCCGGAGCGACAAACAAGGGCAUCUUCGCCGACGCGGUGAUUGUGAAACGUGGCACUACUAUCAAGGAGCUGGCGCUCCGUGUCUCGCAGUUUAUUGGAUCCAAUCUCGCGUACGCCGAAGGCGAGGAUGGUCGGAGACGCGCCGAAGACGAGCCCAUCACGAAUAACAACCUCAUCAUCAAGUUCACGACGACCAUUGCUUCGUCGACCAUGGCUCCCUCGGACACGUCUGCAGCAGAUAAGGACGGCAAGAAGGGAGGCAAGAAGGGAGGCAAGGCUGGAGCUGCCAGUGCGGGCGGUGCUGGCGACGACAGCUACGAGUAG